AGAAGGGAGGGUGUGUGGAGUUCGUGGAGGCCGGGGUCUCCCUGCUUGUCCUACAUCGCAAGGUUGUUGUAAAACAGGUUUGCUCGCUGGCAGACCGGCAGGGACUUGGUGUGGGGGGGGGGGAAGGCAUCUUUCCCAUUCAAGCCCCGCAGAUAUCACCAUCAUCAUCAUAAUCAUCAUCACCCCCGCCCGGGCUGGGGAGCUGAGCGGGACCCCGCGGAGACCCCUGCCCGCCUCCCGGGGAUGCCUUGACGCAAGAGGGGCGGCCGGCUCCGGAGAAGGCAAGGGCGCUGGCCCCGGCAGUCGAAGCAGGCGGCGCGGAGGGGGCGCUCCGGAGCAUCGCCCCUGCCUGGCUGCCUAGCUGGCUGGCUGGCUGCCUCCCGCUCCCGCCGCCUGUCACUUCCCCUGCUUUGCGCCGCCCGCCCGCGAUCCAGCUCCGGGUCAGGCCGUCCCUGCCCAACGGGGCUCCGCGAUCGCAGGCAGGCAGGCAGGCAGGCAGGCAGCAGCGGCCGGGCAGACAGAGCGCAGCGCAGCGCUUGAGCCAUCGGACGGACGGCUGUUUGAUGCUCACGAUCUCUAUGAGGGAGAAAACUUCUCCAAAGUACUGACUGCCCUUUUGUCUCUCAACAAAGCCACGGAAGAUCCAGGAAGUUCUACCAGGAAGCCAUGUUCUCAGCUGCCUUCUCCAACACCCGGUGACUGCCAGCCCCUGACCCAAGCAGCCUCCGCUCGGCCAUCCAGAGUGUUGCAGAGACAAUCAAGAGUUGGGGAGAUGACCGAAAAUGGCAGUCACCAACUGGUGGUCAAGGCCCGUUUCCAGUUUAAGCAGACCAACGAAGAUGAGCUGACCAUCAACAAGGGGGACAUCAUUUACGUCACCCGCACGGAGGAAGGGGGCUGGUGGGAAGGGACCCUGAAUGGAAAGACGGGCUGGUUCCCCAGCAACUACGUCAGAGAAAUUAAAUCCACCGAUAAACUGCUCUCUCCUAAGGCUUUGAAAGGGGCUGAAAGUCCUCAACUUACGAAGAAUUAUUAUACUGUGGUGCUUCAAAAUAUUUUGGAAACGGAGCGAGAGUACGCCAAGGAGCUGCAGUCCCUUCUAGGAACGUACUUGAAGUCUCUCCAGUCUUAUGACAAGCUGAGCACUACGGACAUCGCCUCCUUGCUUGGAAACGUGGAGGAGAUCUGCAACUUUCAACAGACGCUCAACCAGACGCUGGAAGAAUGUGCUAGACUUCCCGAACAUCAGCAACGAGUGGGAGGUUGCUUCUUAAGCCUGAUGCCCCAGUUUGCAUCUCUGUACCUCACUUAUUGCACUAACCAUCCAUCUGCGGUCAACGUCUUGACCCAUCACAGCGAUGAAUUGGAGAAGUUCAUGGAGAACCAAGGGAUGACCUCCUCUGGGAUAUUGACCUUGACCACAAGUCUCAGCAAGCCAUUUACACGGCUGGACAAAUACAUUGCCCUCCUGCAGGAGCUUGAGAGACACAUGGAGGAGGCCCAUCCUGAUCACGAAGACAUUUUGAAAGCCAUAGGGGCCUUCAAGUCUCUUGUGUCCCAAUGUCAAGAGAUGAGAAAGAGGAAGCAACUCGAACUGCAGAUCCUUUCGGAAACCAUCCAAGGUUGGGAAGGAGAAGACAUCCGAUCCAUGGGCAGCGUCCUUUACAUGUCCCAAGCCAUGGUCCAAUAUGGAGGGAAUGAGGAGAAAGAGGAAAGGUAUCUCAUGCUGUUUCCAAGCGUUCUGCUGAUGCUCUCAGCCAGUCCUUGUAUGAGUGGAUUCAUGUACAAGGGGAGAAUCCCUUUAAUAGGAAUGCUGGUGACCAAAUCAGAAGAUCUAGAAGGAAAUGAUCACGCUUUUGAAAUCUCAGGGAGCAUGGGAGACCGGUUCACGGUACACUGCAAUAGUAGCCAAGAUUUGCACGAAUGGCUUCACCACCUCCAAAGGUUGACCAGAGGAACCACUUUCAGUGGUACCCUCUCAAAAACCCAAUCUUGGGGUUCCCAUUCGACUUUUAGCUCUACUGGACAAUUCCGUGGCCCACUGGAACCACCCCAGAUCCUCAAGCCCUGGACCUUGAGUUGCCUCCGCCCAGCACCUCCUCUCAGGCCCUCAGUGGCCCUCAGCUAUAAAGAGCGGAUGUCCUACAUCUUAAAGGAUGCCAGUAAGAGUCCAAAGACGAUGAAAAAGUUCCUGCCCAAAAGGAAAACGGAGAGGAAGCCAUCGGAUGAGGAAUUUGUGAUUAGAAAAAGCACGGUGGCCUUAGAGGAAGACGCUCAGAUCCUGAAGGUGAUAGAGGCGUACUGUGCAGGGGCGAGUCUGCAGCAGAACGUCACUUCGGGGUCCCGCAAAGAUUCAGUCCCCCAGGUUCUACUUCCGGAAGAGGAGAAAUUAAUCAUCGAGGAAGUGCGGAGCAACGGGCAGACGGUGGCCGAGGAGAAGAGUCUCGUGGAUACUGUCUAUGCGCUAAAAGAUGAAGUCAAAGAACUGAAGCAGGAGAACAAACGAAUGAAGCAGUGUCUGGAGGAAGAGCUGAAAUCCAGGAAAGAUUUAGAAAAAUUGGUCCGGAGGUUAUUGAAGCAAACGGACGAAAGCAUCCGAGAAGAGACGGGCUGCCGUUCCUCCGUGCUGGCCUGAACCCUCAAACCCCCCACUCAGGAAAGUUUGCAGCCGCGUCUCUCGGGCUCCCUCGCUCUUUCGUUUGGGGAAUCACGCCUGUUUCGCUUCUCCGUUGCAGAAAAGAAAAGAUCUAAAACAAAUAGCCCAGCUGGUUUUUGUUUUUUUCCCCCCUCGUUCAAAAAGCGCAUUUUGCAUGCUGCUCAUGGCCGGCGAAAAUUUUGCUGCAAAACGGACGUCAGAAAAGUCACCCAAAAAAUUUUUCCGGGACUUCUGAUAUCGCUCCACCCCACCCACCUCCCCCCACCCCAUCUCGUCCUAAGAUUAUACGCUCGUGGCAAGGGAUGGGUCACCACUCAGCGUGAAGAAGGUUCCUGAAUGCAAAACCCAGUUGAGAGGAAACGCAGGGAAAAAAACAAAACUCAAAAAAACCGCCCGUACCUCCUUCCGUUCUCGUUUUGCUUUUAAAGCGUGUUUCUUAAUUUAUUGAGUGGGAGGGAGAAGCAAACUCGGUUUCUUGAAUUGCAAGCGAGUGAGAAGCCAAAUGAUCGUUUGCACGUCUGCUUUUUGGUUGUUGUUUUUUCAGGGAAUUGGGGAAAACGAGCGUGAGAAUUGCCGCCCUCCUCUUGAGAUUGUGAGAAUCCCGCUCUGUGGCCUUUCCGUAGAGGAUAUGUACGCAAAGGGUCUCAGAUUAGAGGGAUUUGAUUCCUCAUAGCUUUUGGUUCCUUGCGAAUUAAGCACGGAUCCCUCAGGAGAUGUGUUCAAAUGAAGAGACAGCAGCCAAUGGCACGCUCGCCUCUUCCCGCUGGUAUAGGGUCUCCUGCUUGAGCUGGGGGGUUGGACUAGAAGACCUCUGAGGUCCCUUCCAGCUCUGGAUUUAUGAUUAACCGAGGCGGCCUGAUUACAGGCCUGUCCUCACCUUACAACAGUUCAUUUAGUGACCAUUCAAAGUUACAAAGGCAUAGGAAAAUAGUGACUUACAAACAUUUUUCAAGUUGCCAAGCACCCAGGUUUUGAUCGUGUGACCAUGGGGAUGUUGCAACGGUUUUAAGUGUGAGGAACGGUUGUAAGUUUUUUUAAAAAAUGUCAGUGCUGUUGUAGCUUUGAACGGCCACUAAAUGAAGGGUUGUAAGUCGAGUUACCUGUGCUCUGACGUUGGAGAGGAGCUGGCUUGGUCUUCCUAUUGGCAGAAUUAUUUUUUGAUCGCCGCCGCGUAGCAAGAGUGGAAUUGACUCCGAAAAAAAAAAAAGUCCAGUUGGAGAUCAUCUUUGCAUUCCGGCUGUUAGCUACUGGAGGGGCAAAAAAGUGCAUUUUGAGAAGGCCAAAGCUCUUUGGCUGCAAUAGCGGGUGCAUUUUGAGGCAGCCAGGAAGGGCAAAGAGAACCAGAUUGCAAGAUAAAGCUGAAAAAUACGAAGAGACAAAAAGAGGCACGCAAAAGGAGCGAGGGACGCGUUCUUGUCUUGGCCGAGUUUGUGCGGAAGCUCGUCGCAAAGAGACAGAAUGGAGAUGUUCCCCUAGAAGGCCUCCCUCAAGUCUGCAGCUCCUCAACGUCUUUCAUGAAUGAUCUACUGGGAACUGGGUUUAAUUUUGGGUUUUUUUCCUGGCUACAGAAGAUCUACAGUUUGUUUGUUUGUUUCGACCCACAGCGAUUCACCUGGCCAGAAAUUAGAAGCAGACAGAAGAACUGAAGAAGAAGAAAAUAAUGUAAUAAUAUCCAUUUUUGAGACUGUUUUGCCUGCUUUGCCACUAAAAUGAAGGAAGUGCAUGAGA